AUGAAGCUGCUGUUUCUUCUUUUUCUCCUUCUUGUAUGUUUUACUCAGAUAGGAUCGGGGCACAGAGGAAAUUUGAGAUUUCGUCAAUGUGAGAAAAUGGGUGGCAUGUGCAAGAAUCAAAAAACCCAUGGGUGCUCCAUCCUGCCUGCAGAAUGCAAAAGUCGAUACAAACACUGCUGUAGGCUUUAA